UCCGGUGACACAGCGGCGUACUACCACCAACCCCAGAAAAACCAGAACAUAUUACCUUUCCACUAACACACUCGUCGAGUCCUCCGAAAACACCUUCAGCACAACCAGCCAGAGCACUGGCAAAGACCCAAGCAAGACCCAUCACCAUACAUCAAUGUCAACGCCUUCAGGCAAUUUGCCACCUCUAUUCCACGGACACUAUGACGAGAAUUCGGCCAGCUUCAUACGAAGCUUCGAAAGAUUCAUCAUCAUUAAUCAUGUUACGGAUGAGGCGACAAAGAUGUUGCUGUUCAAUACAUUCAUCUCCGCAGGUUCAAAAGCGGAUGUGUGGUGGACGAAUCUGAGCACCCAAGAGAAAAGCACAUGGACAGCGGUUAAGACUGCCUUCCUGACAAAAUGGCCAGCAAUAGUCGUUGCGGUGAAAACCCAGGGGGAGUAUCUGAAGGAUUUGUUAGAGCUGCGCUUGAAGGAAGAUGAAGUUGGAGAACGUAUCGUGGUAGCAGGGGUCACGACAUGGGCACACAUCUAUUUCCACCACAAGCUAAAGGCUCUUGUGAAAGACGCAGGAGUGGAGAGCGUACCCGUCUUAAUCCAACCAGUCCGCGAAGCGCUCCCUCGAGCCCUCAGGGACCUGACAACCGUAGACCCAGCAGAUUGGAAUACUUUCCUAAACGAGAUCAAAGACGUUAACGUGGACGCUCUGCGGGAGGCACGAUAGUAAUCAGUACAUGAGACCAACCAGGAAGGGCAUCAUCGACACCCACACUCAAACCACUUACGUAUUUUGUAGCGAGCUCAGGCUACAUCGUAAUAAGACAGCAAAUCAAACCUUUUAGAGGCAAUUCGUUCCUACUAGUAGUAGCCACGUAUCAUC